AUGCGUGUGUGCCAACUGAACAGCGUGUGGCAGGCGUUGAUGCUGACCUACCUGGCGUCGCAAGGGGUCAUGAAGGAGGCCCUAGAGGAUGUUCUCGGCCUCAAGGACCUGGGCAAGAAACACGCCAGCCUUGCCUUCAAGGACCUGAAGCACUUUGACGAAGUCGUCCUUGGCGGUAAAGAAAGCUCCCCGGGGCGAGGAUUGAGCCUUUUACAAGAUCAAACCCAGGGGAAAGAUCAAGGGAAGCAAUACGAGCUCAACUCGGCGAAUCGGAUCUACAUCGAGAGCUCGAUGAGGCGGUUCAUGGACCAGGAGACCCUGCGAUUCCUCCACGACGAAAUCAAGAUGCUGGACUUCGGGAAGGAGCCGGAAGAAUCGAGGAAGAAGAUCAAUUCCUGGGUGUCUCAGAUCACGAAGGGAAAGAUCGAGGAACUACUCCCCGCCGGACACGUGGACAGAUCCACCCUCAUGGCUCUCGUAAGAAUUCUCCCUCAUGCUACCCUGCAAGUCCUCCCUCAUGCCACCUGGGGCCUGUUCCUUGUCUCUGCUAAACUUAAUCUAAGUCAAAACUUAACCUAA